AUGAGCGACAGGAAGCGUGCAUUCGAGGGAAGUGCAGAUACUCAUGCAGCGAAAAGGUCGAAAAGUGAUGCUACGCCUGCCAAUGCAUCUACAUCAGGUUCGGCGCUUUCCGCAGAGGCGCUCAUAGCGCAGAAGAAGGCAGAAAUUUCUGCCAAGAUUGCUGCUAUGAGGAAGGGAUUACCCUCUGGGCAGAGCAGCAUCUCUGCCAGUCCGACUCCCAGUCCGGUGGUGGCAAGCCCUGCUGUGGUAUACUCACCCCCAACCUCGUCACCUUCCCCAGCUGUGUCGGAUGAUCUUGCUCGCAGAGUUGCUGAGGCGAAACGGCGUGUGGCAGAGGCGCAGAGCAAGUUGGCGGUGAAAGACAACCCAUACAUGUCCAUGCCAUCGCUGGGUAGGAAGAAUCGACCUGUGGAGCCUGCUCAGCAAGGAGCCGGCCUGAAGAUGGCGGCACAUCCUCUCCUCUUGGACAAUACCCCUACUGCCCCACAGUCGAAGAAGGACCGCUACAAGCCGAUGCAGCCCAAGUUCGCAUCCAUCAAGGCUAAUGUCCGUAACGCUCCAACGCCACCCCCGGCGCCUACUCCUAUCGUCCCGAUAGAGUCUAAGGCUAACCCGUAUGCGUCGGGCGCUGCUGCAGCGCCCGACAGUGGGUUUGAAGGUGCUCCUAAGGAGCGUGUUGGUAGGAGCUUCAGGUUCAAUCCCAAGGGCAAAUACGUCCAGAUCGGGAAUCAGGUGCGACAAGAGGCACAGCUUGAGCAGCUCAAACAGCGGAUUGCGGAAAGUGCGCGGAAGGCUGGGUUGGAUUCUGAAUUUGAGACGCUCGAAAAGAAUAUUAAGAGAGACAUGCCUCCUGCUGCGGAAUGGUGGGAUGCUGCUCUAUUGCCGAACAAGUCUUACGACGAUUUGUCGUUUGGUCUUUCGCAGUUGAACAUUCGGACGACAAACUCCCCGAUCACCAUCUACAUACAGCAUCCUAUCCCGAUCCCUGCGCCCGGCGACAAGAACAAGGUUGCGAUGAAACCCUUGAAGCUGACCAAGAAGGAGCAGAAAAAGAUGAGGAAGCAGCGCCGUCAGACCGAAUUGCAAGACAAGCGCGACCGCAUCCGCAUGGGCCUAAUCCCUCCUGAUCCUCCCAAAGUCCGCCUGUCAAAUCUGAUGAAGGUGUUGACUUCCGACGCUGUGCAGGAUCCGACACGCGUGGAAGCACGCGUUCGGAGAGAGGUCGCGAUGCGGAAGCACGCGCACGAGAAGAUGAACGCCGAGCGGAAGCUGACAGAUGAGCAGCGACGGGAAAAGAUCGAGACGAAGAAGAUCGACGAGGAGAAGAGGGGCAUCAUCGGGGCUGUCUUCAAAGUGAAGACACUCUCCGACCCCGCGCACCGGUUUAAGGUGCGCAAGAAUGCGGAGCAGAUGAGCCUCACCGGAGUGUGCAUCUUUAACCCUGCGUUCGGCAUGGUCUACGUCGAGGGCGCGCACAAGUUUAUCCGCCAGUACAAGCGGCUGAUGCUGCACCGCAUCGCGUGGACGGAGGCCGCACGUGAGCGCGGAAAUGAGGAGGUGGAGCUCGAGAACGGUGAUGAGGAAGAGGGUGCGGACAAGGGCAAAGGGAUGGCAGUCGCGCAGGCUGACGGCGAGGAGGGCGCCGUGUCGCUGGAUGACAAUGAGUGCUGGCUGAUCUGGGAGGGGCAGCUCCGCGACCGGGCGUUCAGCAACUUCAAGCCCAAGAGCUGCCCCACGGAUGCAGCGGCGAAGGAGGUGCUUGGCUCCAAGUUGGCCGGGUACUGGGACCAGGCGAAGAACUGGAAGCCGGAGGAGGAGGAGCUGUUCUGA